AUGAUUUCAGGAACUUUAAAUUAUUCUUUUCCAACCAGUUUAUGUGGGUUUUUACAAAGUGAAAAUUUCAUUAUAGCAAUUAUUGCCUCCAAAAAAUUGUUUGGGGGCUUAUUUAUCUAUAUAUCUACUUUGCAAAGUGAAAAUUGUUUUGGUACAACAAGAGUGAAACAACACAUUGUUGCAUGUCAUCGAUCAAUAUGUCGAAAGAUAAAUCUAAUGUUAGUUUCAAUCUUGAAAUAUUCUUAUGGUGGAGUUAGAAGUGUUUGGAUUCUUCAUUAUGGUGCAUAUCAUUCUGUUUGGAUUCAUAUGAUAUUUGAUUAUGAAUUUAUUUUGAAGUAUACCUCUCCUUCCAGCAUUCCUUAUGUUAAGAUUACAUAUGAUUCUCAUAUUUAUGUUGAUGGUUGUGGAGACAUUGACUUUCAAUUUUUAAAACUAAAAAAUGUGUUUCAUAUCAUGAUCUUUCGAACAAAUGUAUAA